AUGCCCAGAGCAGCGCAGACAUUCAAGCAGGCCGAUCUCACCCGCGUUUACAAGGGUAUCGCGGCGGCUGGCAUUGCGCCGGAGCAGGUCGAAGUGGUGAUCACACCUACCGGCAUUUUGGUUCGUGCUGUCGUGAAGCGCACGGCCCUACCCAAAUACGUCACGCGGUUUGUCGAUCGGCACGGCAAGCCGCGCUAUCGCUUUCGUAAGAAAGGCCAAACCCCUCGAUAUAUUCAAGCCGAAUUUGGCAGCGCCGAAUUCGAUGCAGAGUAUGAUGCUUGCCUUCGGGGCGAGGCUGCACCCAAGAUCGAAGUUGGCAAGGGCCGGAUCAAGCCCGGCACCAUUGCCGAUCUGAUUCGGCGAUACUACGCGGCUCCGGAAUUCAUGGGGCUGGCCGACAGCACCAAAUCGACCUACCGAAACCAACUGGACCGCUUCCGCGAGCAGCACGGCACCAAGCCUGCGCGCCUCAUCGAGCGCCGUCAUAUCAAGGCGAUCAUCGGUGGAAUGGCAGACAGGCCGGGAGCGGCAAACAGCCUGCUCGCGCGUAUCAAGCUCCUGAUGAAAUUCGCUAUCGAGGAAGGCAUGCGCCGCGACAAUCCCGCGUUAGGUGUGCGGGGCUUCAAGGCCAAGGGCGACGGCUUCCACUCCUGGACAGACGAUGAAAUUUCCAAGUUCGAAGCAACUCACGCCACUGGCUCCAGGGCGCGCCUGGCCAUGGCGCUGCUGCUCUACACCGGCCAGCGGCGCUCUGACGUCAUCCGCAUGGGUCAUCAGCAUGUGAGUAAGGGGCGAAUUCAGGUGCGCCAGCAAAAGACUGGGGCGGGACUUUGGAUACCGAUCCACCCCGAUCUGGUGGCGAUCAUCGCCGCCACGCCUCGGACCAACCUCACAUUCGUCACCACAGCGCAGGGUAAGCCGUUCAGUGCGGCAGGCUUUGGCAACUGGUUUCGCGAGUGCUGCGACGACGCGGGCUUGCCCCAGUGCAGCGCUCAUGGGCUGCGGAAGGCGGCGGCGCGCCGACUCGCUGAGGCAGGCUGCUCCAAUCAGCAGAUCAAAUCCAUCACCGGCCAUCAGACAGAGGCGGAAGUUGCACGCUACACGCGCGCCGCUGAGCAAGAA